UACCGCCCAACCCACUCCGCUGUUGCUUCCCCGCCUCUAAUCACCUCUCCCAAAAUUCCCAAACUUUUCGGCUUAUCCUCUUUCUCUACUCUCUCAAGUUUUCAUGGCUAAUGGAUAACAUCGUCGCUACCAACAAUGCAUCACAUUCACGCCUUACCACUUGUAGCAACAGUACCUGGGCAUUACUCUUUGGCCGUUCCGUCUUCGUCUUCGUCUUCGUCUUCCUCACCAUUACAACGCCGUCGUUUGCGUAGGGCCUUCCCUACCAACAAACCGCCAAAUCUAAAGCCUCUCACCUCCCGCAUAGUCUAUCUCACUCGCCGUCGACAAAUUAAGCAGAUCAUCGAAGAAGUCGAGGCGGCCAAACGACGUUAUGGGAAGCUGAACACGAUAGUGAUGAACGCGGUCAUGGAGGCUUGUGUUCAUUGCGGAGACGUUGACUUGGCUCUUAAAAUAUUCGAUGAGAUGGCUAAACCUGAGAGCUGUGGUGUUGAUUCUAUCACUUACGGUACCCUUUUAAAGGGACUAGGCAAAGCGCGAAGAAUCGAUGAAGCAUUCCAAUUAUUGGAAUCAGUGGAGCGAGGAAACGCUGUAGGGAGUCCAAAUUUGUCAGCGCAGCUUAUCUUCGGUCUGCUAAACGCCUUAAUCGAAAUGGGAGAUUUGCGCCGUGCUAAUGGUCUUCUCGCACGUUAUGGGUUUUUGCUCCAUGAGGGUGGCAGUCCUUCGGUACGGAUAUACAACUUAUUAAUGAAGGGCUACAUUCAGUCAGGCUCUUACCAGGCUGCAGUAAAUUUGCAUGAGGAAAUGUUCCAUCUAGGACUGGAACCUGAUAGGCUGACAUACAAUACUUUAAUCCUUGCCUGUGUCAAGAGUGGAAAAUUGGACGCUGCAAUGCAUUUUUUGGAGGAAAUGAAGGGCAAAGCACAAAUGUAUAGCAAUAGUGAUCUGUGCCCAGACAAUAUCACUUACACCACAUUACUUAAGGGCUUUGGACAAGCCAAGGAUUCCCUUUCACUUCAAAAGAUUGUGCUGGAAAUGAAAUCACGUGAUGAUUUUUAUGUUGAUAGAACUGCAUUAACUGCAAUCAUCGAUGCAUUGCUUGAUUGUGGGUUAAAUAAAGGUGCUCUUUGUACUUUUGGAGAAAUAUUAAAGCGAGGUGGUGCUGACCCAGACCUGCGACCAAAGCCUCACCUCUAUCUUUCGCUGAUGCGUGCUUUUUCUGUUCAAGGAAAUUAUUAUAUGGUCAGAAAUCUGUACAGGCGCAUGUGGCCAGAUUCUUCUGGAACAAUCUCCCCAGAAGUUCAAGAAGAAGCUGAUCAUCUUCUCGUGGAGGCAGCUUUUAAUGGUGGCCAGGUUGAUGUUGCCAUAAAAAAUCUUUCAAUUACUCUUGCAAGAUGGAAGGGGAUAUCGUGGAUGAGUCGAGCAGGCAUGGUUGCUGUGUGCAUAGAGGCUUUGUUGGGAUUCACCAAAUCCAUGUUCUCUCCUUAUCUACUUCCUCAGGUAAUGCUGAGUGAACCAAUAGAAAGAAUUAUGAUGCCUUUUGAAGCCACUCAGCCAUUACUCGGUACUCUGCAGUUAAAGAAAGUGGUUAUGCGCUUCUUUAGAGAACCAGUUGUGCCUAUAAUAGAUGAGUGGGGCAGCUGUGUGGGACUAUUGCACCGUGAAGAUUGCAUUGAGCUGAAUGCCCCACUUAUGACAAUGAUGCGAAGCCCACCUCCAUGCGUUACCACCGCGACCUCUAUUAGUCAUGUGAUUGAUCUGGUUUUGGAGAAGAGGUACAAAAUGGUGAUAGUAGUAAAAUAUAGCAAUUUACACGGUACCCCUUACAGUCCCAAUUCAAGGGCAGUUGGAGUUUUUACAGCUGAACAAUUGUGUAAACUUAUUGAACCUGUCCCAGAGAUAGCAGGGCAGAAACUUUUACCUUAUAAAAGAUGGAUAUGACCAUUUCUUGGUAA